CCUUCAGCUGGGCAUGGAGUCGGUCAAAUGGAAAAAGGCUAACUAGAAUAUGGGUGUAUCCCAAAAUAAGCCACGUUUACAUAAAAUGGAUUUAGCAGACGCUUUUAUCAAAAGCGACCUACAACGGGUCAUACACCGACGCUAACAUGCAGUGAAUUCCUUCAGUGAAUGUUAGGGACACCUCGACACUCAGCUAGGAGGAACCAGGGAUCUAACUACCAACCUUUCGGUAACUUGCAAGUCAACCCGCUGUACCCCCUGAGCUAAGCCGACCCACGUCAUUAGUGUAAUGGACAAUGUUAUUGCAUCCAGGCCUACAGACACUGGAUCUUCAAUGCUGUCAAGUGUCAGACCUAGCUCUGGGCCGGAUCUGUUGCCCUCGUCUGAAAACCAUAUUCCUAAACAACAGUCCGGGGAUCACCUCAGAGGGCGUUCUUUCUCUGGCCUCCUCCUGCCCCAACCUCCAGAACGUGGACCUCGGUGACUGUGUGGGCGUGGCAGACGAGGCAGUGCAGGCCCUGGCCCGGCGCUGUAAACACCUGGAGGUCCUUUCUUUGAGUGGAUGUCCUGCUGUGGGCGACGUUGGUCUGCAGGCACUGGCGGAGAACUGCAGCCUGCUGCACACGCUCCUCCUCUCAGGAACACGGAUUACAGAUGCAGGGAUCAUUGGACUUCUGAAAGGACUGUGCCGCAAUAACUUGUGUGAACUACAGGUGGCGCGAUGUCCAGUGCUGACAGAUGAGACGGUGAGGGCUGUCUUCAAAAACUGUCCCAAACUCAAAUGUUUUGUCUUCAAUGAUUGUCCCCACAUCACAGGUAAGUGCUCAUCCACAUCUUUACCUGCGAAACCCAAAUUCCACCACUCAAUGCCAAUUGUGAUGCUGAUUGACGAAACAAAGGAGACUUUUGAAACAGGAUUCUUUCACAUUCUGUUUCUCUAGCUGCUACUUGUUGGUAUGUGCCUGUUUUCUUGACCCCCUGGGGAAUGUGGAGGAUUAAGGCUUCCACCUGAUAAGGCAUGGCUUCGUCCCCCCAUUAUGACAUCCUGAGUUUACAUCCCAUAGUUUACAAUCUGGUUAAAAAAAUACUAUAGUUUUUUUGGGGGGCAGAGCUGUUCUCAGCACAAAAUCUUUGAGUAUCAUUAAAUGCUUCAGUUAAGAAAUGUAUUGUCUUUAAAAAUAAAGAAACUGAAUGUAUGACUUCAAAUAUAUAUUAAUCAUCGUUUAUUGGCUCUUCCCUAUUCAGAUCAGAUUUGGCUACCAUUGGAUGACAUUGGUCAACGCAAGCUUCAAAAUCUGACCUGGACUGUGUAUUAGAAACAUUAGUAUUGAAGUUUCCAUGUUCUUGAUUGGAGAUGUUGCACUUUAUAUUAUCACAUUGUUCCUAUAUUGACUUUUUUUCUCUUUUAUUUAUAUGCAUUGUUUGCUACUGAUCAAAACUUGUUCAUAGUAAUAAGUAAAAUAUUCUAAGUGAUGAAAGGGGCUGUGGUUACAGUUCAGGGCGUGGCCUCCUGCUGCUGUUUCAAAACUGCACUGGGAUUUUGUUUAAUUUAAAUAUAUUUAUCUAAAAAAAUUGUAUAAUGUUAUAAUUCCUAUUAUGAGAAUAAAAACAGAUUUCACAUUAAUAACUCACAUUCGGAUGUUUGCAUGUAUGAAAUAUAAAAAUCCUAAAUUGUUGACAAUUUAGGCUGAUAGCGCCAAACGGUACUACAUGUCAGUCCAUAAUUCUCCAUUUGCACCGAUUUAGGGAGCUCAAACUCAGCUAUUUGCUGUAGGAGUCUUUUAAUGUCGUGCUCCUCAAAAGAGGCUCUCCCGGGGUCUCCUAUAAGGACUGUGGUUCCGUGGGCGUUUAUGCAGCUGUCCAACCACCGGUGAAGUCCAUCAGCGAGGGCCUCAUCGUAGAACAUGUCUCCCAACAAAAUUAGGUCAUAGUGCUUGGGUUGUGAGCCAAUCAUGUUGUCACUCAAACAUUCAACUGGCCCAAUACCAUUCAGUUCACAGUUUAUGAUGGUGGCAAUGGCAGAAACUUGAAAAAGAAAAAAAUGCAAGUCAGCAAUGGCUAUUAUGAGUUAUUUUUAGGUUCAUUAUUUGAAUGCCUUACCGUUGUCAAUGUCGUUAGCUACUACGUGAGAUGCUCCACAAAGGCUUGCAGCAAUGGCUGAAGCUCCACAACCGCUUCCAAGAUCCAGUACCCUCUUGCCUUUAGCAACUCCAGGGUUAUUCAGCAAAUAUCUGUAAGUCAACAAUCCAACAUAUGUCGAGAGACAUAGAGACCAACCACAGACCAUACAGGUUUGUUAGUUGUCAUAUAUUUUAAUCCUAAUGCACUUGCAACAAUACUAUGUUGUGGUCAAAUUCAUACCUAGCAAGAGCUUGUCCCCCGGGCCAAUAUAUCGCCCAGUAGGGGUCAGGGAGAGGCCACAGUACUGGGUUUGCAUGCCAAAAUCUGCAUUUAGCCGUCAACAACCUCAACUUGAUCUCUGGUGUCAAGGAGUCCUCUCCAACAAUCUCUGUAUUCUCCACGAUAAACCUCCCGAUGUCAGCUGAGACCAAGCUACUUGAAAAUCGUUGUUUAUUACCGCAGCAGGACACCUUUUCUGAUAUGUUUGUGGUUUGCAACAUUCCCCAAAGGUUUCUGAUAUGAUAUAGCUUCAUUUUAUAUAAACGCCUACUAAACCACGAAGGCCAAAUAGUUACACAUUAGAAAAUGAGCAGAAUACACUGUUGAACGAAGCACAUGAAACGGCUCCUGAGCUGCACGGAUGUAAUGUAAUACAAUCGGACAUGUACUCCGACAGUGAUACGCCUCCCCGUUUUGGAGGUACGCUGGUUCCGAGAUGAAAAGUUCCUAGGUGAAAAGUGUCGUCCUAUUUUCCCUGGACGACGUUUCGACCUUAGCUUCCAAUGUUAUUUAUGACAUUUCAAUACACUGAAUCCUUGUUUCAGAAAAAUAUGUUAUAUAUUCUAAGAAAUCUUCUAAAACGUUGCAACACGUCGGCAUUAUUACCUAUAGGCCUCUGCUUUAAUUGUUUCUUAAAACAAAUCAGUAUGCCAGUAGACCGAGUUAAUUUAACAGUCCAUAGCCAAAUAAGAAACAUAUAUUUCUCAUAAUGUCACGGUUCAUAAACAUA